AUAUUUAACUUCCAUGAAAAUAGAAACUUGACGAAUUUUACAAAAUGAACAAUCCUUAUUUUGGAUCCGAAAAGAACACCCGAAAGAAAACCCAAAACUGAACCUCGGGUCCUUAGAAAAAAUUGGACAGCUAUGUCCAGAAGAAAAACCUAUCCAAAUUUUGGCUCUCAAACAGGCUCAAACAAACACUGAACUCCUAUCGGUCUCAAACAAAACAAUACCCCAUUCCCUCUCUCUCUCUCUCUCUCUCUCUCUCCAACUAUGCCUACACCAAUCCACACUCCCACUCUCUUCCCCCACAAACACUUCCUCUCUCUCCUCCUCCUCCUCCUCCUCCUCCUCACUCUCUCUCUCCCCUCCACCACCCCUCUCGUCCCUCCUCCUCCACCUCCUUCGACCUCAACACUACCCUCCGACGCCGUCGCCCUCCUAUCAUUCAAGUCCAAAGCCGACUUGGACAACACCCUCCUCUACACCACCACCGACCGCUUCGACUACUGCCAAUGGCAAGGCGUCAAGUGCGUCCAGAACCGCGUCGUCCGGUUCGUCCUCCGCGGCUCCGGCCUCAGAGGAUCCUUCCCCCCGGACACCCUCUCUCGCCUCGACCAGCUCCGAGUCCUGAGUCUCAGAAACAACUCGCUCUCCGGACCGCUCCCCUACCUCUCCCAACUCUCCAACCUCAAAUCCCUCGUCCUCGACCACAACUAUUUCUCCGGUUCUUUCCCGCCGUCUGUUCUCUCUCUCCACCGCAUUCUAAUCCUCGACCUCUCUCACAACAACCUCACCGGUCCAAUCCCGGCCGAUAUUACCGUCCUCGACCGCCUUGACUACCUCAAACUCGACUCGAACCGGUUCAACGGGACAAUCCCUCCGUUGAACCAGUCCUCCCUCACAUUCCUCAACGUGUCCGACAACAACCUCACCGGACCGAUACCGGUCACCCCGACUCUCGCCCGGUUCAGAAUCUCUUCGUUCUCGUCAAACCCUAACCUCUGCGGCGAGAUCAUUAACAAGGAAUGCCCCUCUGAUCGUCCCUUCUUCAACUCCUCCUCCGGCGGCAGCGACUCGACUGCGCCGCCGCUGAUCCAGUCGCAAGGUGUGAACGUCGUUCUGUCGCCGCCGUCUCCGAAGAAGAAGCACAGCAGAGUCGGCGUGGUCCUAGGGGUUAUAGUCGGUGCCCUAAUUUUAGUCGCCGCGGUUCUCUGCCUCUUCGCCGUGUUCGAAAAACUCAGAAGUCGUGAUAGGCCCUCUAAAUCAUCGGCGAACGAGGCGGAAGCGGUGAAUUCGAGCGCUGUAACCGAGGCUGAAUUCGUCGACACGGCGACGGAAGCAGCGAAAGAGAAGAAAAUAGAUACUACUGCUACUGAAGCUCGAGAACCCGCGGUGGUGAAGAGCGGGAACUUGAUAUUCUGUUCGGGCGAAGGGAUGUACGAUUUGGAGAGGCUGAUGAGGGCGUCGGCGGAGCUGUUGGGGAGGGGGACGAUGGGGACGACGUACAAGGCGGUGAUGAACAACGGGGUGGUGGUGUCGGUGAAGAGGCUGGACGCCGGUAAAACGGCGAUCACGAGCGGGGAGGUGUUCGAGAGGCAUAUGGAGGUUGUGGGAGGGCUGAAGCACCCGAAUUUGGUGCCGGUUCGAGCUUACUUUCAGGCGAAAGAUGAGAGACUCAUCAUCUAUGAUUAUCAGCCGAAUGGGAGUCUGUUCAAUCUCAUUCACGGUUCAAGAUCAACAAGGGCCAAACCACUUCACUGGACUUCAUGCUUGAAGAUAGCGGAAGAUGUUUCUCAAGGGCUUGCCUAUAUCCACCAAGCAUCAAAGCUCAUCCAUGGCAAUCUGAAAUCCUCCAAUGUCCUUCUUGGUUCCGACUUUGAGGCUUGCCUCACGGACUACGCUCUCUCUGUCCUCGCGGAUUCUUCUUCAACUGGUGAUCCCGACUCCGAAGGGUACAAAGCCCCAGAGAUCCGAAAGUCUAGCGGCCGGCGGGCCACCCCCAAGUCCGAUGUCUAUGCCUUUGGGGUUCUGUUGUUAGAGCUUCUAACGGGUAAACCUCCAUCGCAGCAUCCAUUUUUGUCACCUGCCGAUAUGUGGGAUUGGGUUGUGGCGAUGAGGGAAGAGGACGGCGGGGAUGAUAACAGGCUUUGUAUGCUAGUCGACGUGGCGGGGAUUUGUAGCUUGACGUCACCAGAACAGAGGCCGUUGAUGUGGCAAGUGUUGAAGAUGGUACGGGAGGUAAAAGAGAGUGUUGUGGUUGAAGAUGAUGCAAGGAAUACGUAGAAUUGAUGUUGACAGCUUUAGCUUGAUCUAUAAGUGAAUCUUCUAAACAGAAGCAGAGGCGGAAAUGUAGAAUUGUACAUCUGCGAUCGUCCUGUUGAAAUUUUUUGGAAGCAAAUUCUUAUGAGGGCUUGGGUCAAUUCACUAUACGAUAGAGCUGAAGGGUUGAGGAACCAUUAUGGUGAUACAAAUUAUUGCAAAGGUUUUCACAAUUUGAAUUUUUCCAGCAGCGGCCUUCAUGUAGUUGGAAAUCAAAGAUUUUGUUACUUGGUGCAACGAGAUGCAGUUUCUGCCUCAAUUUUGUGGUGAAGAGUCGAAACUCUCAGGGUCAGCCUCUUGUUGUCCAUCUACUGAUGUAUUUAUAAAUGAUUGUGUGAUAAGAAUGACUUUCAACUCUAAAUAUAUUAAAUUCUCUGAUCUUGUCCAGAGUUAUACUGGUCCGGCGUUGGG